CCCUCCACAUUUGAGCGCAGAUUAAUAUGCUCUUGAUCCAUUUGUGUCACAGCAUCACCGCUCCCCUCAGAAGGUUCUGUGAUGUUGGACUGGAGGUUUUCGUGCGUGGUGGUGCAGGCGGCGGUGUGGCUGCUGCUCAGCCAGGGGGAGAAGACGUGCCCCGCCAGUUGUCGCUGCGAAGGCAAGCUGGUUUACUGCGAGUCGGGGAUUUUCCGAGACAUCCCCGAAAACAUCACGGCGGGAUGCCAAGGUCUUUCUCUGCGUUAUAACAACCUGCUGAUUCUGACGCCCUACCAGUUUGCACAUCUCAACCAGCUGGUCUGGCUCUACCUGGACCACAAUUCCGUCGCUGCUGUGGAUGUUUUAGCCUUCCACGGCGUCAGGAGGCUCAAAGAACUCAUUCUCAGCUCCAAUAAGAUAAGCGACCUGCACAACAACACGUUUAGCGCCAUCCCAAACCUGCGGAAUCUGGAUUUAUCCUACAACAAGCUUCAGUCCCUGCAGCCAGGACAUUUGUUUGGCCUGCGCAAGCUGCAAAAUCUACACCUUCGAUCCAAUGGAUUGAAACAGGUUGUUGUCCGUACCUUUCUGGAAUGCCGUAGUCUGGAGUUCCUGGAUUUGGGUUACAACCGCCUGCGGAGCCUCACUCGAACAACCUUUUUAGGACUCUUCCGGCUCAAAGAGCUUCAUUUGGAGCACAAUCAGUUUUCAAGGAUUAAUUUCUACAUUUUCCCACGGCUCACCAACCUGCAGGCUCUUUAUUUGCAAUGGAACCGCAUCCGAACCAUAAGUCAAGGCGUACCGUGGACCUGGCUCAAGUUGCAGAAACUGGACCUCUCAGGGAACGACAUCCAAACGUUGGACCCCGCCGUUUUCCUGUCCAUGCCGAACUUGCAAACGCUCAAUCUGGAAUCCAACAAGCUAAGGAGCGUGCCCGUGGAAGCCGUGUCGGCGUGGUCUUCAGUGACCACCGUCAGCCUGGCUGGGAACUCCUGGGACUGCAGGCCCAGCAUAUGCCCGCUGAUAGGAUGGCUGAGAACCUUGAGGGAUGCCAAGGACAUCAGCAUGAUAUGCAGCAGUCCUAAAUCGGUGCAAGGGGAAAAGGUUUUGGACGUAGUGGCCAACCACUCCACGUGUGUUGACAUAUAUAACGUCUUAACCACCACUGCUCUCAUUAUUCUGACUUCAAACCCAUUUGUGGAGAACACAUCUCACCUUCCCCUCCUGAGUGUCAGCCAACGGGCUCAUAGUGAGUCACCAGAGCAGACAUCUCCACCUUCAGCUCAAUGGCCUAACCAGACAGACGUACAGACAGUGAAGGCCACAGCCAUUAGCUCGUCAUCCCCAGAACCUUCCACCUCGUCCUUCCCGGAGAUACCGUUUGAGCAUAUGGCUUUCCAUAAAAUCAUCGCGGGCAGCGUAGCCUUGUUUUUGUCGGUGUCAUUGAUCCUCCUGGUUAUUUAUGUUUCAUGGAGGCACUACCCUAACACCAUAAAGCAGUUGCAGGAGCACUCAGUCAAACACAAGCGCAGGAAAAAAGGCCGGCGGCAGGAGCAGGACCUUAAUUCUCAGUUGCAAGAGUACUAUCUGAGCUACCAUUCCAACUCUGAGACCAUGGACUCGCUGGCCAACGAGACAAGGCCGUGCACAUGCACGAUAUCAGGAUCCAUAGAAUGUGAAGUGUGAGAGCUGCGCUCCUCUUUCAGAGACCAAACGUGACGGCUUUUUCAUUGGAUGAGGGAUUCUUUAUUUUUAAAGAAAUGGCUUCACGUGACGGAAGUGUUUGCCAGAGAUACAGCAACUAGAAAUGUGAGGAGAGAGCUCAUUAUGCCCACGACACAUGGAAGCAGGGUUAGGGCAGUGCCAGCCAGGACACCCGCGGAGGACCCAAACUGACCACAAGUCAGCUCUGUACAUAGCUUGACCCUUUUGGUCAUCACCUGUAUCAUUAUCACACAUGGAAACCAACAGAGACGUUUUUUUUUACGUAUCGAUUUAUAUUGUGCAAAGUAUUUAUGAUCCCGGUGCAUCGUCGAGUAUGGAAAUGUGUGUGCGUGGGAAGCGAGCGUGCCAAGAGAAGGAUUAGAAGAGUUCCAGGCUGUUAACGAUUGGCACUGUUCAGCAUCUGUCAUACCAGGGCGGCAAUUACAGGAAUCAUUAUCAUGUCAAAUUGGGGGAAACAAACACUCGGCUUGGCCUCGUCCUCUUGAUGAAUGAUUCACAUUCUGUCUCAUUUAGUUUUAAAUCUACCUUGUGAAUCACCCUGGGUUGGACCAAACACUCAAAACAAAACAAAUGGGCCUACCAAAACAUUAUGACCACUUGCACAAUGGAAUGAGCCGAUACAAGAGAGAUCUGUGUACUGAUAGACAAGAGAGAUCUGAGUAUUGAUAGACAAGAGAGAUCUGAGUACUGAUAGACAAGAGAGAUCUGAGUACUGAUAGACAAGAGAGAUCUGAGUACUGAUAGACAAGAGAGAUCUGAGUAUUGAUAGACAAGAGAGAUCUGAGUACUGAUAGACACUUUAAUGACUAUUAGGGGCCUGAUCUACUGAAGGUGUGCAAACUUGUGUGUUAAAAGGUGCAAAGUUGAUAGCGACCACAUACUGUAGCUCACCUCACCUACUGGAUUGUGUCUCUUAAAGCAGGGGUGUCAAACUCAAAUACAGAGUGGGACAAAAUGUCAAACUGAACAAAGCUUGAACAAAUGAACCUUUUAAUAGGGACCCAAACAAGUUUUGCAUUGAAUAUUGAACAAGCAAGGCUUAUAUAACUUUAUAGUGACAUGCUAAAUCCAGUUUCAAAUAAUAAUAAUAAUAAUGAAAAAAUAUCAAUGGCAUAUCAAAUACAAUUGAAAUAAAAAUUGAAUGCCUCUUUUCUAUUUGCAGCCUUCUGAGGUAAAUAUCAACAUUAACUUUUUCCACAGGCUAAUAAUACAUUUGAAAAUAAAAUAACAAUAAUGAAUGAAUCAAACAUUCAAGCCUUGAAGUAGCAAGAGAAAGUGCAUGAAUAAAACAUUAAUUAUUGCUCAGUUUGCUGCACUGAUUUGCUUUAACACUGAAUAUGGAACAUUGAGCAACGCUUAUGUAACUUAAUAGUGCAAAAUCAACUUUCAAAAAACAAACGAGAAAACAUCAAUGGUAUAUUAAAUACAAUUUAGAUAAACAAUUGAAUGCCUCUUUUCUAUUUGCAGCCUUCUGAGGUAAAUAUCAACAUUAACUUUUUCCACAGGCUAAUAAAUUAAAAAAAUAAAAUAACAACGAAUAAAGCAGGGGUGUCCAAAGUGCGGCCCGGGGGCCAUUUGCGGCCCGCAGCUAAUUGUUUACCGGCCCGCCACACAUUCUGGAAAUGCUAUUGCAAAAAUAGAAUGAGGUGAAAUCUAACUAGAAAAAGUUGCAAUGUUGACACAAAGCUGCCAUUAAGGCUGUUUUUUUUUAUUUUGUCUAUCUUUAUUUGUCUUUUUUUGGCAUUGCUUAAAAAAAAAAAAAAAUCAAUGUUAUAAUGAAUUAUUGACCUAUUCAAGGCUCCGAUUAUUUCAAAUAUUUCACUUUAAAAUGUUUUACACUACCGUUCAAAAGUUUGGGGUCACCCAAACAAUUUAGUGGAAUAGCCUUCAUUUCUAAGAACAAGAAUAGACUGUCGAGUUUCAGAUGAAAGUUCUCUUUUUCUGGCCAUUUUGAGCGUUUAAUUGAGCCCACAAAUGUGAUGCUCCAGAAAGUCAAUCUGCUCAAAGGAAGGUCAGUUUUGUAGCUUCUGUAACGAGCUAAAGUGUUUUCAGAUGUGUGAACAUGAUUGCACAAGGGUUUUCUAAUCAUCAAUUAGCCUUCUGAGCCAAUGAGCAAACACAUUGUACCAUUAGAACACUGGAGUGAUAGUUGCUGGAAAUGGGCCUCUAUACACCUAUGUAGAUAUUGCACCAAAAAGCAGACAUUUGCAGCUAGAAUAGUCAUUUAGCACAUUAGCAAUGUAUAGAGUGUAUUUCUUUCAAGUCAAGACUAGUUUAAAGUUAUCUUCAUUGAAAAGUACAGUGCUUUUCCUUCAAAAAUAAGGACAUUUACAUGUGACCCCAAACUUUUGAACGGUAGUGUAUGUGGAAAAUAUUGCAUAUAUUGUGUGGUUGCCAUACAAAAACAUCAAUGUUUUCUUUGGCAAAAGAGCAUAAAACAAACAAAAUAAUAGUUCAAAGGUAAAAUGGACAGAUAUAUCUGAAGUUGAUGUCCUAACUUAAGUGUUCCAUCCAUCCAUUUUCUACCGCUUAUUCCCUUCGGAGUCGCGGGGGGCGCUGGAGCCUAUCUCAGCUACAAUCGGGCAAACUUAAGUGUUGAAAGUAAAAAAAAAACUAAUACAAAUGUAUCACUUUGAGUGGGGCACCUUUUGCAUCCUAAAUAUAUUUAAUGGGAUUUUAUUCAUCUUUUCACUGUGAUUACUCAAAAAUAAUAAUGAAUUAAAAUCAAUGGUGUCCUUUAUUAUUGAUGUUUUUAAGGCUCUAAUGACUUCACAUCAAACAUUGCUUUCUGAAUGUUUCGGGCAGUGGGGGAAAUAUUGCAUAUUUCACUUUUAUUAUCAACAACAAAGUUGUCUUGACAGAAAAGGCAUACAACCUUUUUGGUUUUUUAAUUUUUUAUAUCAACCUGAAGUUGAUAUACUGUAGAGAUUUACUGUCAUCGUUAAAUAAAAAAAAUAAAAAAAUAAUUUGACUUGUUUUUAACAUUUUAAUGACUUAGACCCUUUAUGGACCCCAGGAGCCCUAAAGGUAAAAAAAAAACAAAAUCCAUAUAUUUUGUUAUGAUUUGAAAAUGAAAACUAUCAAAAAGGUUUUAAUUUUUCCGUGUGCAGCCCUAAGUGGAAAAAGUUUGGACACCCCUGGAAUAAAUCAACCAUUCAGGACUUUAAACUGCUCACUUUGCAACAAACUGAUCUAAUCUGAUGUGCCCAAGCCAGAUACAUGACAUCUUUUCUGGGAUGCCAGUUCAUUCAUGUCCGGGCUCAGGUGGGCGGGGUUUGGUGGUAGCGGGGGGUGUAUAUUGUAGCGUACCGGAAGUGUUAGUACUGCAAGGGAUUCCGGGUAUUUGUUCUGUUGUGUUUAUGUUGUGUUACGGUGGUGAUGUUCUCCCGAAAUGUGUUUGUCAUUCUUGUUUGGUGUGGGUUCACAGUGUGGCGCAUAUGUGUAACAGUGUUAAAGUUGUUUAUACGGCCACCCUCAGUGUUACCAGUAUGGCUGUUGACCAAGUGUGAUGCAUUCACUUAUGUGUGUGUAGAAGCUGCAUAUAUCAUGUGACGCUGCUUGUAUGGAGGAAAAGCAGACUUUGUAGAAGACGCUAAAGGCAGUGCCUUUAAGACACGCCCCCAAUAUUGUUGUCCGGGUGGAAAUCGGGAGACAUUCGGGAGAAUGGUUGCCCCGGGAGACUUUGGAGAGAGGCACUGAAAAUCGGGAGUGUUGGCAAGUAUGAGUAUUAGCGGAGAGUUUGACACCCAGCUCUUAAAUGAUCCAAAUCCAACUCAUUUAGCUUGUCUGCCUUCAUGUUUAUGCAGAAUAUAUUCUGAUUAUCAGAACACCCACAACACUUUGAGGAAGCAAUGCAAAUAUAACUAUUUAGCACUCGCAAUGUGAUCCAUCAAGGCCAAAACUGUUCUGUGUCUAUAUUUACAUUUUGGAAAUAGGCGUGCUAACCGGCAGCGUUGUGGAUGUGAGGAAGGAGGCGACGGCUCUGCAAAGACGGACAAUAGACGGAGAAUCCGCCGUCCUACAAUACGUGCGUGUCAACAUACUCGGACUGUUA